AUGUCUAAGAUUGACAAAACAAACAGCCCAGUGCCUGAUGGUUAUGGAAGUGCCUUCUCAAAAGUGACAUGGAGGAUAGUGGAUAGAGAUAUGACAGAAAUAGUCUUGGAGUUCUUUCAGAAUGAGCGAUUGUUGAGGCAAGUGAAUAUCACCAACAUUGCACUCAUUCAAAAGAUGGAAGUUCCAGAACAUGCAAGUCAGUUUAGACCAAUUGCAUGUUGUAAUGCAGUAAUUCACAAAUGCAUUUCAAAACUAAUUAGGACUAGACUCAAAGAGGUUGUGAACCAUGUAAUAGCAGAAUAUCAAGUUGCAUUUGUGCACAGAAGAUCAAUGGUGCAUAAUACUCAGAUUUAA